GGAUAUGAGAGUUUUCAACAACCAUGCAUCCCCUUAGAACUUUUGUCAUUUUAGAUUAUUAGGCCCCUAUAAUAAACAACAACCAUUCUUCAUUCAGGUAUGAGAUUCAGUAUCCCCCCUUUUUAACAUCCUAUAGGCAUUAUAAAAGUAGGCCUAGGCCUAUAAUAAUAAAGAGAACUAUACUAGCCUAUAAUAAUGAGGAGAAGAAGAAUGAGCCAAUAACAUUGUUCAGAUGGUAGCCUAUGUCAGUUGUUGCUGAGAUGUAAAAGUGUGUGAUGCAACUUUGGUCAAUGUAUUGUUUAGAUAAGAUUAGAGCAGGCCUUUGAGUCCCAAAAUAUAGUGGUAGGACGGGUGAGGUUCAGAAGUUGAACCUAACAGUCAGCUGAAGUAGAUUUCAUCCUCCACACUCUUGAGACAUUUGCAGUGUAGUGUGAUUAACUAUCUUCAAUGGUAGGCCUAUGUGGAAGUUCAGUAGGCAAACUGUACUGUUUACUGAACGCUGCUCUGCGACGUGACAAAUUAAAGUCUUGAAUUUGGAUACGUGGCAGCUUCUGACCAAUCAGACAUUUUAGAAUUAGGCAGCACACAACCACUGCGCUGCACAAUCGCUGCCAUGCAUUACCCAAUCUCUAUUAGCUAAUAACGAGUGCGAUGUUUCAACUGGCCAAUGGGGAGAUUUGCAGUGCUUCACCGCACCAUAAAACUACAAUGUUUAUUUGCGUACCCCUCUGGUACCCCUGUCGACUUGGUGAAGUGGACCAAUGAAAAAGCAAGAGUGUUCAUACUGCAGUAUCAUUGGACGUCAGACUCCACUCUUGAGGAAGCGGAUUGAUUUUGGGGUGUGCGUGAAGUAAGCGGUCGUUUACAGUGAAGAAUAGGAACCUCCACGGAUCCGGUAUCCGGUUCCGGAUCCGGCAGGAUCUUAAGCAGUGGAUCCGGUAUCCGGCAGGAUCCUAAAAAUCAGGAUCCGGUGCAUCUCUACUUUUAAUGGAGUCUACAGGGUCUACUCUCCUCCCGUAUCAAGGUCACAAGGAUGGAGGUCAGGCCAUUGUUGAUGUGCUUCGCCCUCUGUGUGGUGUAUGCCACCAGUAAACCGACGGAGAAAAAAGAUCGGGUCCACCAUGACGGUCUUCUUAGCAGCAAGGAGCAUGACGAUGCUGAUAAUUUCGAUUAUGACCAUGAUGCCUUUCUAGGAGAGACUGAAGCAAAAACAUUUGAUGACCUUACACCUGAGGAGAGCAAAGACAGGCUUGGUAAGAUUGUGGACAAAAUUGAUGCUGAUGAAGAUGGCUUUGUGACAGAAGCAGAGCUCAAAGCCUGGAUCAAGAAAGCUCAGAAAAAGUACAUCUACGAUAAUGUGGACAGGCAAUGGAGAGACUUUGACAUGAACAACGAUGGCAUGAUUUCAUGGGAAGAGUACAAGAAUGUCACUUACGGUACCUUCCUAGAGGACCCAGACCCUGACGAUGGCUACAACUACAAACAAAUGAUGGCGAGGGAUGAGAGGCGCUUCAAAAGGGCAGACACGAAUGGAGACCACAUUGCCAAUAAGGAGGAAUUCACUGCCUUCCUGCACCCUGAGGAAUAUGAUCAUAUGAAGGACAUUGUGGUGUUGGAAACCAUGGAAGAUAUCGACAAAAAUGGUGAUGGAUUUAUUGACUUGGAGGAAUAUAUUGGUGACAUGUACAAUCAUGAGGAUGAGAUGAAUGAGCCAGAAUGGGUGGCUACAGAGCGUGAGCAGUUUUCUGAAUUCAGGGAUAAGAACAAGGAUGGAAAGAUGGACAAAGAGGAGACGAUGGAUUGGAUCCUUCCAGCCGACUACGAUCACGCAGAGGCAGAGGCAAAACACCUGGUAUACGAAUCGGACUCCAACAAGGAUGGAAAACUUUCCAAAGAAGAGAUCCUUAACAAGUAUGACCUGUUUGUCGGGAGUCAAGCUACAGAUUUCGGAGAAGCAUUAGUAAGGCAUGAUGAGUUUUAGUUUUUUGUUUUAGUGUUUUUUAUUAUUAUUUCUAAAGUUUUAAGUCCUUUUGUUACUGAACAUAUUGUAUUUAAUAUGAGGUCUUGUUGCAGCGUUAUAUUGAUUGAUAUUGAUUUGAUUACUAUUUUGUUUUUUGUUUCUUUUUUUUUAUUUGUGUCUGAAGUUGACAUGUCUGUAGUGUAUGAUUACAAGCAGUGUUACAAUACCUCCAGUGUUAAGAGGAUUGCUGUUUUGUAGAAUUCGGAAAUAGUUUAUAUUUUGAUACACAGAAACCCUGUUUGUUUAUUAGGAUCAUGUAUUUGUAUAUACUUCCAUGUCUUAUAAAUUCCUGUUAUACUUCUGCAUCUUUUCACAUGGUUGACACCUUUUGUAAACAAGAACUCAAUUUGAAGUGACCACUAACAGUGCACUCAUGCCUGCACCACCAUAACACUACAGCAGAAUUCCACAAUUAGCAAUAUUUUCACAAAGCUAUGUACAAUGAAGCCUGAAAAUGGUGACAAAUAAAUUGUAAUAUUUGCCAGGUAUCGUUGCAGAAUUGUCCCAUGCUGAGUGAGCUUGAUAUUGUUUCAAUUCUAUUGUGAUUUUGGGCCUGUGUGCACAAUAAUACAGUCAAUGUAUUUCGGUUAUGAAUAUGGCAUUCUCAAUAAAAACGAACUGCUGAACUUAA